UACAAACCACCCCGAGAUUUGACGAGACUUUGCGAGAGUUCGCCGUUGCUAUGAUGUGUUUGUCAAUGUUGCUAGGGCGCCAUCUUUGUUUCGCCGUGGUGGGAAACUGAAACUGCGUCAGGUCCAAUAGGUUGAGACUACAGCAGUCAUGCCAAUCAUAGAAGAGAUCACAGAGGAGGAGGCACAACGCCUUUCCCAGAAUCCUCCACAGGGGUCAGGGGUCACCUCUCACAAGGAGACCACGCCCAAGGAGACUCAGGACGAUGACCUUGACGACCUGAAGAAGGUCACGGCUAAGGAGGAAGAAGAGGGCGUGGUCAUCACCCAGGAAACGAAGAAGAAGAUUGAGCUGCUUAUUGGGGAAAAGACAGAAGGAAGAGAUGAAGAUAAGGAGAAAGAAAAGGAAGAUCAUGAUGAAACCGAGAAAGAGAAAAAGUCAGAAGAAGAAAAGGAAGAAGACAAUAAAGAAGAAAAGAGAGAGUCAGGAGGAGGAGAUGAUGUGCCGGUCCAGUAUUACCUCUCACCUGAGGAGAGGAAGAGGGAAGCUCUGGAGCACUGGCAGAAAGAGGAGCAGGAGAGGAAGAGAAAGGAGCGGGAGGCCAGGAUGCCCAGGAUGACCAAGCAGUCCCUUCGGCAGCUCUGUAAGCAGCACAAGCUGUACCUGACUCCUGCUCUCAACGAUAUCCUCUACCUGCACUUCAAGGGCUACAGUAAGAUUGAGAACCUGGAAGAGUACACGGGUCUGAAGUGCCUGUUUCUGGAGAGUAACGGACUCAGGAGGAUAGAGAACCUGACAGCACAGACCAACCUCAGGUGUCUGUACCUGCAACAGAACCUGCUGACUCAAAUAGAGAACCUGGAGUGCUGCCCUCAGCUGGACUCUCUCAACAUCAGCAACAACAGCAUCAGGAAGAUCGAGAAUCUGGCCUGCCUGCCAGAGUUCACGACCCUGCAGAUGGCACACAACCGCCUUGAGACAGCGGAAGAUCUGGAACACCUGCGGGAGUGCAGGAAGCUGAGCUCUUUGGACCUGUCACACAACAAGAUCAACGACCCCAGGGUCAUCGACAUCCUGGCCGACAUGGAGAGCCUGAGAGUUGUAAACCUGAUGGGGAAUCCUGUCAUCAAGAAGAUCUCAAACUACCGCAAAACUACCAUCGUCAGGCUGAAACACCUACAGUACAUGGAUGACAGACCGGUGUUCCCUAAAGACAGGGCCUGCGCUGAAGCAUGGUCCAGAGGAGGGAGGGAAGCUGAGAAGGCAGAGAGGGAAGUCUGGAUCAACAAGGACAGGAAGAGGAUACAGGACUCGGUAGAUGCACUGUUGAAGAUCCGCAAUAAGGCCGAGGCAGCCCGGAAGAUUCGUGAGGCCAAAGAACGAGAGGAGAGGGGAGAACCUGCUGUACCAUAUGAUGAGGAGGAGACAGGAGUUGCUCCGGAGCAGGGAGAAGUCACUCCGGAGGAGGAAGGAGCUACUCCGGAGCAGGAGAAGGACCAAGAAAGAGUCACUCCGGAGCGUGGGCAAAUGCACAGGCUGGUCAUCGAAGAUGUCCCCACAUUGGAGGAAGCAGAGAGUAGGGAGGAUGGUGAUGCAGAGGAUUUUGACCCGGAGAACAAGAAAAAUCAGGAGAAGAUCACUCUGGAUGACCUGCCUGACCUGGAGGACGUUGACAUCACAGAGGAGGUGGCAACCUUUGAACCUCGACCCCGACCCUCCCCACGACCCUUUAUCGAAGUCCUUGGCUCAAGCGACAGUGCUCCGUCCAAGCCACUUGUCCAAGAACUCAACUUCUCCCCCGCCUCCAGGCCUCGUGUGCAAGAAGUUUCAGGCAAUACCAGUGGAAAGCUUUUUACACCAUCUAAGAGGAGGCCUCUGAUUGAAGAACUUGAUAGCCAAUCAGAUGCCGGGAAACCUCUGAUUGGAGAGAUCAGCAACCAAUCACAGCCAAGAAGGCCUCUGAUUGAAGAACUUGACAGCCAAUCAGAUGUCGGUAAGCCUCUAGUUGAAGAGGUCAGUACUCAGUCAAAAGGAAGGAGAUUUUUGAUUGAGGAGGUAGCCGGCCAAUCAGCAAGCAGCUUAGAAAGCCAGUCAGCUUCAAGAGUUGGACAGGAAAUGAAGCUAGUAUAUUGGGGCUCCACAGUUGGGAGCUGA